AGCCAAGUUGCAUACCCAUAUAUACAACGUACAUACAUCACCAUCAACAUCGCUUCACCCAACCAACCAACCAGCCAACCAACUUGAUAUAUACCAUACCAAAUUGAAAAGCUAGCUAACACAUCCCUCCACAGCUCCAUCAUGGAAAACGCCUCCGGCCGCAACUCCCUCUCAAACUCCAUCCGCUCCUCUCUCCGCACCCUUCUCCUCCGCCCCCAAUCCCUCCUCCUCUCCAAGCCCUGCGCCCUCGUCUUCGCCCUCUACUCCGGCACCUACAUGACCGCAAACUCCCUCGACACACUCGCCUCCACCGUCUCCAACCGGCCCGCCGCCAGCAUCACCGCGGGGCCCUCCAAAUUCGCCGCCUCGUCCGCCGCAAACGUCGGGCUCUGCGUCUACAAGGACCAAGUCUUUGUCCGCAUGUUUGGCCCUCCCGGCGCCGUGCCGCGUCCCGUCCCGCUGCCCAGCUACGUGCUCUUCACGCUGCGCGACUGCCUGACCAUCUUCGCCUCGUUCAACCUCCCGCCCUUGCUGGCGCCUUGGAUCGAUUCCCGUCUGUCCGACACGCUGCGCCGGCAUGUCUCUGGCUUGACCACGGCGCAGUUCAUCGCCCCGGCUUCGGUCCAGCUCUUCUCCACGCCGAUACAUCUGCUCGGUUUGGACAUGUACAACCGCCCAGGAGGGACCUUUCGUCAGCGAUGGGAAGUCGUGCGAUCAAACUGGCUCGUUAGCACCGCAGCUCGAAUGUGUCGCAUCAUCCCAGCGUUUGGUGUUGGCGGUGUUGUCAACUUGAAAAUGAGACGGCAUCUCAUGGAAAAGCUCGAAUAAUGCCUCUCCCGCCUGUCCCCCC